AUGGCCAAGGAGGCUCACGUUACCAGUCAGUCGUGGUCCAGAAGGCUUCAAUGUGAGGUCGACAAGGAUGCGAACUACCAAAACACAUAUGUAAUCCACCCUCCCUCCCCACCGUCCCGGUUGCCAUCUUCGUCCGCUGGCUCACUCUUACUUGUCUUCGCGGGUUUUGCCGGUUAUUGGGUCAUUGGGGGCAUCAACACCACUGCAUGGACGAUCGGAUCGUCCCUUCUCGCGCUCGGCCUUAGCGUCGGCCAGGCGAUGGGCAUGGUCGUCUGCGCGGCAGUGAUCAUCGCCUUUCUGGCCGUUGGAGCGGGCUGGAUGGGAUCUCAUCAGCACCUGGGGUUCACCGUCGUGUCACGAAGUUCAUGGGGUAUGCGAGGGGCCUUCUGGCCAGUGCUAAAUCGUGUGGUGGUGGGCUGCAUCUGGAUGGGCAUUCAGAUGUUCUGGGGCGGACAGGCGGUCCGAAUCGUACUCGGUGCUCUGAUAGGGCCGAAGUUCGUGAACAUGGCAAAUACCCUCCCCUUGUCGGCCAACGUUGUGACUGCGGACCUGGUUUGCUUUUUUAUCUUUGUCAUCAUCUUAGCUCCGACGCUUUGGAUUAGACCUGAGAAGCUGCAGCUUCCGUUCAGGGUCGCAUUUAUCAUGAUUACCUCAGUCAUGCUCGGCAUGCUCAUAUGGUCACUUUCUACUGCCAACGGAGCUGGGGAGCUCAUUUCGCAACCAUCUACGGCCCAGGGUAGCACGCUGAGAUGGAAUUCUAUAUUUGGUCUUCAGUCAUUCUUGAGUGCGUACGUCAGUGGAUGUCUCGGCCAGAGCGGUAAGCUCUUUCCCCAUCACGAUUUUGGUCUUUCUCAUGGUUUUCAAGAUUGGACGAGGUAUGCCAGGACACCGAAUGCGGCUCUUUUCGGGCAGGCCGUCACCGCACCGAUCACCAUUUGCGUGACAGCGCUCUGUGGGAUUCUCAUCGCUUCAGCAUCGACCCUGAUAUAUGGGAAAGUGUUCUGGAACCCAUUCCUCUUACUGCUGCACGCCCAGCAAUCCAUGACGGCGGCAUCGCGAGCCGGCACAUUCUUUGCCGGCUUAGGACUGCUGGCCAGCCAGAUGGCGCUGUGUAUCGUGUUGAACUCGGUGCCAGCAGGCAUGGACAUGACGACCGUCUGCCCUCAAUACAUCAAUAUCCGUCGCGGCGCGUACAUUGUCAUGAUCGUCGGCAUUGCGAUGUGUCCGUGGAAUUAUGUCAAUCAGGCCACAACUUUCAUCACCGUCAUCUCCGGCUGGGGUAUCUUCCUCGCUCCGAUGGCAGGCAUCCUCCUUGCAGACUACUUUCUUGUCCAUCGGCGCGAGCUCCACCUUGACGAUCUAUACAUUGGCAACCACUCUUCGGCUUACUGGUACACUGCUGGCUUUAAUUGGCGCGCUCCCGUAGCAUGGGCGAUGGGAGUGUGGCCAAUGCUUCCUGGCUUCGCAAGGCAGGUGCGUGGUGUUUCGGCCUACAACGGCUGGGAUAACAUAUUUCGAAUCAAUUUCUUUGUCGGGCUGGGGAUCGCGUUUGCCGUCCACGCGGUGCUACAUGCAGUAUUUCCAGCCCCUGGAGGCAGAGGGAGCUCGCCGUUUGGGGAGAGAAGGCAUGGAGUGUUAGCUGACAGAACCAACCUUGAAGGGGAUUCGUCCUGA